UCGAAGGCAUGCUGAGAGAUACCUCUCUCCUUUGACUCUCAUCCUCGCGACAGCCGAGCCGCUCUUGCUUUCCUUCAGCACCCCUUCGACCAUAUUCUCCUUCUCCCAUACGUCCCCAAAACGCCAGCGAGUCAGAACAGUCCCGGUGUCUUUGCAUAUUUAAUUUAUUUCAGGUUUAGUUGCACAUUUAGUCUGCUUACGGGCUAUGUCGCAACCGGAGGAUAUUUGAAAAAGGCAUUGGGGGAUGGCAGCUAAGAGAAAUGGAGCUAGGGAGACUUAGCGGAACAUGACAAAAAUGUGAGUGACUGAUGGAUCAGUGGUUUGGACCUACAAUUCAGCAAGGGCGAUAUUGUAGUUUCGUCUGCUUUUGGAGGGCAUCGGGGGAUUUGAAAAUUGCCCGUACAAAGCUCGGAGAAGUGCCUCGUAACCGGAUCCGAGAAAAGAAAGCCCGGGAGAAAAGGACGACUGGUUUAGAGGAGGGAGAGACUAUCAAACAGUGAAGAUACACUGGAGCUCCACACCUCAGGUGUGUCUGGAAAGGGAUUUCAUCUACUCUGAUCGACAUAGAGAGGAAUCGGUCUCAACUAAUGUCAGAACAACCUAAAAAGACUUCCAAAAGUUUCUAGAACGAUAUCCUCAAAGAAGCAAGGAUGAAGUAGGCAUGAGGAUAUCAAGUCUUUGAAGUGGACUGAGUAUCAUGUCUCAUGAUUGGCCACAGUUUUUUUGGGAAUAUCAAAGCCUAAUGGUCUUAUAGUUGACAUGGCCUAGUUUUAAUGAUUGGAUUGCUGUAUAUUCAAGAACACUCUGUCUCCUAAACUAAAGCAUUUCAUGGAGAGAUACAAUUUUGCUUGAGGAACUGCGACGUAGAAUCGGGCAACAAGAUCUUAGGCUAAAACCCUGAUAUCACAACCCACUUUUAAUAAUUCUUUAGAUCAGUCGAAAUUUUUAGUCUCCUAAGUGUAUUCCAGCCUGGGAAAUGGAUGAAAUGAUAUGGACUCAGCCGAGAAUCUGGAGUCUCAGCUCCGAUCGGGAUAUGGCUUUGAGAUCAGACAUUCCGGGAAUCGAAGUGAGGGCUCCACUGGGAUAGAGCAUUCCCUGGUACUCAGCCAGUAGCAUCUUCUCAGAGUGAUUUGUUUCAUGGGAAAAUCCGAGUCCACAACAAGGCCUAAGGCAGGUGUACAGUAGAGCUGGCAGGGAGCGUGGUCGUCUGAAUCCUGGAGGUGGAUUGGAUCUGUUCAUCCACAGCACCAGGACCCAACACUCUUCAGAGGACACUCCACAGACAGCACCCGCUUGGACAGGGCAAGGAGGUUGGAGGAGCCAGGCCUGAUUUGAGCUCAUCAUCAGGACUCAAGGAUCCAAAACGUCUACGCUGAGUAGAAGUGGGUAAUCAGCGCCAUGGCGCCCGAGGGAGUGGCCGAGACGCGCGAUUGGCUGUUCCUGCUUCUGCUCUGCCUGACUCUACUGGCUGAGGUGAUUGAGUUUGCCGCCGCCGCCUCCCAGGGCUUCGGUGCGGCGGAAGACCUGGUGUGCCCCUCGGUGUGCCGCUGUGACGAGGACUUCAUCUACUGUAAUGACCGCGGCCUGAGCUCCAUCCCUCCUCUGCCUCCGUCGGCCACGGUGCUCUACCUGCAGAACAACCACAUAGACAACGCCGGGCUCCCCACCUCCCUGGAGCGACAGCUGACCGUCCGGGUCAUCUACCUGUACGACAACGAGCUGGAUGACUUCCCCUUGCACUUGCCGCCCUCCCUCCGGGAGUUGCACCUUCAAGACAACAACAUCCGGACACUUCCCCGCGCCACCCUGGCCCGGAUGCCCCUGCUGGAGAAACUGCACUUGGACGACAACUCGGUCUCCACCGUCAGCAUCGAAGACCAGGCCUUUGCCGACAACCCGCGGCUGCGGCUGCUCUUCCUGUCUCGUAACCACCUGUCCAGCAUUCCCUCCGGGCUCCCGGCCUCUCUGGAGGAGUUGAGGCUCGACGACAACCGCAUCUCCACCAUCCCCACCCACGCUUUCCGCGGCCUCUCCUCCCUAAGACGCCUCGUCCUGGAUGGAAACCUGCUGGCCAACCAGCGCAUCGCGGAUGACACUUUCUCCCGCCUCUCCAACUUAACAGAGCUUUCGUUGGUGCGCAACUCCCUCCUGACCCCGCCUCUCAACCUGCCCAGCGCCCAUCUCCAGCGUCUCUCCCUUCAGGACAACGCCCUGAUACACAUGCCCCGUGGCUCCCUGGAUGGCAUGAGGAGGCUCCAGAGACUGGACCUGUCUGACAACAACCUGACCACACUGCCACGGGGCCUGUUCAAAGACCUGGACAGCCUGGGACAGCUGCUGGUGCGGGGCAAUCCCUGGCACUGUGGCUGCAACCUGCGCUGGCUCCACGACUGGCUGCAUGCCAGGGGAAACUCCAUCACGGUGAGGGGCCUCACCUGCCAGGGGCCUGACAAGGUGCGAGACAUGGCCCUCAAGGACCUGACAGGCCAGAUGGAGGAGUGCGAGGCGACGGGGGUGGUGGCUGCCGGGGCUGCGGCCGGGGUUGGAGCCACGGGGAGCGGUGCCAGAGACAGAGACAGAGCGGGCGGGGCAGGGAUUGGAGGAGUUGCUGCUAGCUCCACCACCCUCUCCCCUCUGCAGGGCUCCCUCUUCACCUUGCGCUCCAAGCGGCCCGGCCUGGGGCUCCCAGACUCCGGCCUGGACUACACCCUGGGCAGCAGCGGGGUGGGCAGGAGCCUGGCCCUGAACGUUAAGCCCCUGGCCCAUGACAGCAUCCGCGUCACCUGGAGUGUGGCCCAGCCCAGCUCCUCCUUCAGGCUCAGCUGGUUGCGGCUGGGCACCAACGUGGCCAUGGGCUCCAUCACGGAGACCCUGGUGAGAGGAGAUCGCAGGGAGUACCUGCUCAACUCCCUGCAGCCCCGCUCCAGUUACAUAAUUUGCAUGGUGCCCCUGGUGGCUAGCUCUGGAGCCGGCAAAGGAGCCGUGGCGGCCGGGGACACCGACUCUGACGAAGCUCCGGUGUGUGCUAAAGCAGAGACGUCAGACCCCAGCCGUCCAGAUGUGGGCCAGGAAGACAACCAGGACCCCGAACAUGUCAGCACUCUGCCUCUGGCCGGGAUCAUCGGAGGGGCCACGGCCAUCGUCUCCCUGGCUCUCAUAUUCGCCAUCUUCUGCUGGUACGGCCAUCGGGCCGGGCGAAUGUCUUCACGCGACCACUACAGCCGCGGCAGCUCCAGAAAGAGCAAGCACUACGACGACUACAUCGAGUCAGGCACAAAGAAGGACACCACCAUCCUGGAGAUCCGAGGCCCCGGUUUCCAGAUGACACCGAUGGCAGCCCACCAGCAGCCGCUCCAUCCCAAACCCCUCCGGGAGGACUACAUCAUCCACACUAUAUUCCCCUCCAAUGGCACCGGCCUCUACAAAGGCGCCCACCAAGUGUCUAAUGCAGGGUACGGCACCAAUCGCGGCUACAGAGAAGGAGGGAUCCCAGAUAUAGACUACUGUUACACGUGAUAGGCGUGUUAGGCCCGACCACUCCCGCACCCCUCUAGAUUGGACUGUAUAGAUGCACAUUUUUUCUGGUCCGCGUGGGUUCUUCUAAAGCAGCCCUUAGUGCCUUCUUCUAGUCUCCCACUCCAACAAAGCCUGCAGUUGCACCUCACUGACAUGGUUUGAUUCAUUGGCCCGGGAUGCCUGCAGGAAACAGCUAGCUGUUACACAGCAGUAGAGGAGCUAACGAACGAACGGCCAGUCACAGGUGUUUGACACAGACUGCUUCCUCACACCCCCAGUAAUGAUCAGUGGGCUUUUUUUGUCAUCCCUGCUCUCUCCCUCGGUGAGAAGUAGGAGAAGAACGCGCACGCUGUGUCGAAACUACGGGAUAUUUUCAGUUACGGUUCCAUUUCGGGGCUUGUGUAUGGCAGGCCACACGAGACACAACGCCGGAAGGUUUGAAAGUCUUGAAAGGAUAUUUUAGAUAAGCAUCACUUGCCCACUGGCCAUGUUUGGUCCUCUUAGCUCAUCCGUUUAGAUGCCUCAACUAUCCCAAUGUGCCCAGUUCGCCCUAUCUGUUACCGGAAGAGAGGGCUCUGUAAAGCUGUGAAUGGUUCCCUUUCAAAGCGGCCCACUUAACCACCUGUCUUAAAGCGGACUAGUAGUGGUCUGAUCCAGUGGCUCUACAGGGUGAGUGACCUGUCAGGGGAAGCUCUCCUUGAUGACAUUUUCGAUGACCCUUGCUAUGUUCCAUAACAGAACAGUGCAUUGAAAUCAAUGUAGAUACGUUACUAAGACAGACAUCCACUGGACUCAGUGUUAGGAGAACUCACCGUUCCCUGCUAGUGUCUUCAAUCAGGCCCUCACUGCUACAAUUAUUUAUUGGUUUGAAUUCCUGUGAAUAUUUUUAGACAUUACCUUUUUGACGGAGAAAUUGCUGAAACAUAUUUUUCGUUCAGUGAGGACACUCACUCUUGAAUGGGAUGAUGGAUUUGUUGGAGUAAAUUUUUUUGACCAGGAAGACAAAACCCUCCUUUGUCCCGAGGUUAAAGUAAAGGUUAAACUGCACCAGCGUGAAUGUGUACCUCGUUAAUGAAAACUAUCCGAUGCAAAGGACAAUUGUUCCAACACAGAGCGUAGAUAAUAACAGAGUGCCCCCAGACCCUCCAAGACUGGCAAACCACUCACUGGAGAUAUCAGGGUCAAGCCUCCACUCUCCGUUUGCCUGCGGACCUGGCCGGUCACCUGGUGAGAAGACCAUUUCGGUCUUGUUCACCAGCGGGCUGAGACCCAACAGGACCAAGGACCUCUGUGGAGCAUCCAAUAGACAGAGCACAGCAGUUGUGUAAGAGUGAAUCUGAGAAUGACUGUGUAAACAGCCAGGGGUUAUCAGGUAGAUCAUCUAACCGUAAUACUGUAGACCUGCACUGUGUGAGGGGUUGAGGGAGCUGGACGAUCUUAGGUGGGGCUGGGCCGAGACGACAUUGGGCCAGGCGAGUUCUGUUUACUUUAUGAUAGUCCUAUAGUCUGUCCACGUCUCGUUCCCAGCAGCACUACUAAUGUGAAUGAAUCAGCACUUACAGCUAUAGGACUACAGCUAGGGAGGGAGGGAGGCAGAGGAAAUGACACAGAGGAAAAGCGAGAGACCGAUUCGAAUGCAGAAGAACGAACAGAACUGAUGGCUCUGGAACGGCAGAGUUCAUCCAUGCAUAAACCUAUUUGUCAUACCCUGCUACUCCACAUUGCUUUAAUAUUCUCCAUGCUUGUUUAUCACCUUACUGUUCUGUCUGAUAGGAUUUCAUAGUAGGCCGACUGUCAGACAAUAUGUCUCAAGAGCGUUCGUUUUAUGAUGGAUACUAACGAGAAUCUGGAACAGUCGCUUUAUUAUUGUUCUUAUUAUUAUUAUUGAUAGAUAUCCUGGCGAUUUAUUUUUUUACUUUAUUCAUUUUAUGCUGUUACCUUCACAUCCACUCAUUUCCACUUUGAGAUACCAUCUGUAGCUGUCUCUACAGGAGAAACCAAACACUGAGAUUUUCAAAAGCGUGCCACUGUUUCUUUUAGGGUCCCUUUUGAGUCUAGACCUGCUUUAUUAACCCAUUGUCACAGGGAGGUCACCAUAUAAGUACAAUCUUUCACUAAACACCAUCAACGAUGAUUUCACCUCAUGCAAGAGCACAAAGAACUGUUGAAAUAGAUCUGUUAUUUUCCGAUCCAGGAGCAACCACACUGGUGUGUUGGUGAGGGGCAGAGCCAUAUCACAGGUAACCAACCAAUACAAAACAGGCCUGCAUUUUGUCAAUUCCCUCUCGUCGUAUUCCCCUCUCUCACUCUUCCAUAAGAAAAUAAGUAUAUAUUUGUGUGCUACACUUGUUCCUAGUUGAGCUUGCAUGGCUAGAUGUGUACACUGGAGAGAACCGGGGGGAGCGGGGAGGGCUUGUGGGAGAGGUUGGCAUGGUGAGUAUGCAGAUUGUGUCCAUUGCAGUCAGAGCAGGAAUCACUUUUCAGCUUUCUUAGACCAUCUGCGGAGCUCAGUUUGUGCGCGGGUGCGCGCACGCCAGGGGUGUGCGCUCGUGUGUCAGACUGUGUGUCUCCUGCCUAGUCAGACCAGCAGUUGUUCCACCUGCGGCCCAUUAACACAGAUGUCUCCCCUUCCCUGCUGCUGCUGUUCUGGCACCACAAAAAAACACCUUGUUUGCCUAGUCUGUGUCUAUGUAAAAAAAAAGACCCCUUGUCUCCGGGCUCGGGCGGACGCUGGCUGCAUGAUAACGGGAAGCAGGAAGUGCGGGUCGUCACCCAGCCUGGCUCUCCCGCACUUUCUGGGUGAAGGGGGGCUCAUCAUUAUCAUCAUUAACAUUGUCAUUAUCAUCAUUAACAUUGUCAUUACCAUCACUUACUGCACAUUCAAAUCCACAUUUGGCGAACCCUCUUCAUGCCCUUUCCCUUAGUGGAGAAGCCGUCACCAGACCCGCGGAGGAGGUCGAGGCCUUUUGGCGCACUGAGUGGGUCCAGGCGUAAGGCGCCCACGCGGGAGGUCCAAUCGGUUUUUGGUUUCAUGGUUCAACAAAACGUUGGGGAGUUAUUUGACUGUUAUCAGUAGUGUGUUAUCUGUUUUUUUUUUUGUCUGCCCUUCCAUAUCUUGCCUGUGUACUUUUUGUAAGUUGCUGCUGUUGAAAACACCACUCUCUUCCUUUGUGGGACUCUUGUGUUAUACUGAAAAAAAAUGAACUAUUUUGUAUAAAGGAUGUCUCUUUUCUAUGUGAUUAAAGGAGAUGUGCAAGG